UCAUCUUAUAACCGGGCAAUACUAGCGUUUGACAUGACCUACGCUUGUAGUUAUUAAAUGUCUUUCCGUUUUGUUGUUGUAUUACACUAGAGCAUGAGUAAAUACAUUUUACCUGUUUCGGUAAUUGGAACUGUUAUUGGUGUUAGCGUAUUGUUGAGGGAUCAUGUUACCGGGGGUGCUUGUCCCAGUAAAGCGAAGAUUAAAGGCAAGACUGUGGUAAUUACAGGAGCUAAUACUGGCAUAGGGAAGGAGACUGCACGCGACCUGGCCAAGAGAGGGGGCCGGAUCAUCAUGGGCUGCCGGGACGAGGAGAAGUGUGAGGCAGCGGCUCGCGAGAUCCGAAGUGACACCUGCAACCAUCACGUUUAUGCGCGGAGGCUCGACCUGGCCUCUGUGGCGUCCAUCCGGGAGUUCGUCAGUAGGGUGAACCAGGAGGAGGAGCGAGUGGACAUACUGAUAAACAAUGCGGGGGUGAUGAGGUGUCCAGCCUGGAGGACGGAGAAUGGCUUCGAAAUGCAGUUUGGUGUUAAUCAUUUAGGUCACUUUCUGCUCACGAACCUUCUGCUGGACAAGCUGAAGAGCUCGGCCCCGAGCCGCAUCAUCAACCUGUCCUCGCUGGCCCACGUCGUGGGAGAAAUGGAUUUUGACGACCUCAACUGGGAAAAGAAGAAGUACGACACUAAGAAAGCCUACUGCCAAAGCAAGCUUGCCAAUGUGCUGUUUACCAGGGAACUCGCCGGAAGGCUGCAAGGCACUGGGGUUACCGUGAAUGCACUGCACCCGGGGGUGGUGGCCACAGACCUGGGGCGGCACACAGGCAUGCACCAAUCCCAGUUCUCCAGCACGAUCCUUGGCCCCAUGUUCUACUUGCUGGUGAAGACGCCGACUCAGGGGGCCCAGCCCAGCGUCUUCUUGGCUGUGGCGGAGGAACUGGAGGUCGUCACGGGCAAGUACUUCGACGUGCUGAAGGAGAAGGACCCAGCGCCCCAAGCCCAGGACCAGGAGGCGGCCCGCCGGCUGUGGGAGGCCAGCGCCCGGCUGGUGGGCCUGAGUCCGGACACGACAGCCGGCUCUGUCCCAGCGCAGAAGUGAGGAUCCGGACAGGGUGGAGCCCAGCGCAGCACGGAAGAUCCUGAAUCCCAAUGCCUCCACAAUUAUGUAUAAUUAAAUAGGGUUCCCCUGCCGCUAUAAUCAGGGAUGUAGCUAGAAAUGUCACCUUCUGCCCCCUGGCCAAUUUUAAGUAUUUAAGGGUCCCUGUGAAGUGCCAGCGAACCCACAGCCCUGCCUGUAAUUAUCACUUACCAUUAAAAAAAACAGAGCAUUGUGAAUAAGGGUCUGUUUUUUAAAUGUCCUAACCUACACUGUAUGAAGUUCACCUGCUCAUUAAUACAGCCUUCACCUCUAAACAGCAAACUGUGGCUAUAACUGAAUACAUGCAGCACACAGACGGGGGUCAGGAGGUGCAGUGCCUGCUUGGCUCAGCAUUAGAAUGGCUAAUCUGUGCGAUCUAAGCAAUUUUAACACGGUAUGAUUUUUGGCAUCAGAUAUGGUGGUUCCAAGCUUCCCAGAAACUGACACCGUCCUGUGAUUUUCACACACUGCAGUAUCUAGGGCUUACAGAGCAGUGUGAGGAAUAACAAACGUCCAAUUAUCAGCAGUUGAUGCCAUUUUAUGCUUGUUUUACCAUUUAGGCCUUCAGUCAGUGUGGGGCAGUGUUUGGCUCGGUGAGUCAGCGAUCUGUCCCCAGAAGGUCAUGGGUUUGAGUCCUGACACAUCACCACCGGGCCCUUGAGUGAGCCCCCUAACCCCAACUGGUCUUGAAGCACUGGAUGCUGGCUCACCCCGUGCUCUGAUCCCGAAAAACCUGUGCUGACCAGUUUAUACACACAAGAUGGGGUUUGUGAAAACUCCCCAAUUUCCCUACGGUGGUCAAUAAAGUACCUCUAGUCUUUUACAUGAUCUGGUGUAUCUGUCUUUUUACUUUAACUGUCAGGUCAUUAAAAAGAUACAAAAGCUUUCAUUUAUUUGCUUGUACUGCAUCAGAAAAACGUGACUGGUUUUCUUGUUGAAUUUUUCUAGCAAUGGCAGUUCUUUUAAUGGCAAAUUGACGUUUUCUUGUUUCUUGUUUUCUGUCUGAACAUUUUAUUCUUACUCCUUUGUCUGGCAUGUUGUUCAGCUUUGUCUGCCUCUGUUUGUCCUUCUGCAUUACUGGGUUGACGGCUUGUCGGUAGGAUUGUGUGCCAAAGUAGAAAGACUGAUUCCUUGGGUUCUGUGUGGAUGGGGAGGCUUUACCCUUUCUGGAAUUUAAAUCUAGAUCAGCUAGUCAAGCUGCUCCCCCCUCUGCUGUGCCUGUAUCCCUAAACUCAUCUUCCUCUGGUUCAGGUGAGUGGGGAGGUGCUGACGACUCCCCCUGGUGGAUUCUGUACCUCUUCGCACUGAUGUUCAAGUAAGCCUCCUACCUCAUCAGACCUGAAACCCACCCAUUGUCCUGCCUUUUCAUCAGCUUUCUGAGCUCCUUUUUUUUGGAUGAUCUGCUGUGGGUUUGUAGCAUAGACAGACAUGAAUAACAUCUGCUAAUCUUGGAGCUGGCAGGGGUGGAGUUUGUGUCGAUGUCUUCAUGAAUCCUGGUUCCUGGUUGUUCGGCAAUCCGUCUCUAAACCUUCUCUCAUUAAAAUCUGAAAUACUGUUUAUGAGAGACUGUGAGAAUACAUUUUAAAGCCUAUACUUUUCCUUUUAAAAUACUGCAGAAUGGUGAAUCUGGUUUAUUUGGUAUAUGCUAAACCAGUUUAAACCUGAAAAAAAUGCCAUUCAGAUAUUCACAUUACAUUCAGCCUCUGGUCUGGCAAAACUAUAAAAUAUUAUAAGAUUUUAAAUGUAUACACACAUACAAAUAUAAAAUAUUUAUACAAAUUGUGAAUGUGUGUGUGUAUAUAGAUGUAAAUUUAAAAAAAAAAUAAAUGAGCUAUUUUAUUUUUAAGCAAAGGCAAGGCUGCAUUGCUUUGAGGCUGGUGGCACUAUUCUUGGGUAUUAGUGUAAGAGAAUCUGAUUAUGCUGCUGUUAAUUGUACAUGUGCAUUUAAAUCAUCAUGGUCGUCGUUAAAAAUUGUUUUUGAAAUUCAUGUUCUAUGAAAUUUGUUCCUAAUAAAAUUUUAAAUGAGUCAGUGUA